AUGGAGAUAAGGAAGCACUGCAGUGAUGUGGCUCUGAAGUUCACGUGGGAAGAAUGGGAGUUUCUGGACCCUGCUCAGAAGGCCCUUUACCAGGACAUGAUGCUGGAGAACUACAGAAACCUGGUGUCCAUCGGAUAUCAACCUCAGAAACCUGGUGCCCUCCCCAGGUAUAAAUUGCCUAAGAAAACUAAGAAAUCCAGUACCGCUUUACCUGCAGUCCAGCAGAGACCUAGCGAUCAAGUAGAGCACUCUGCUGAGCUCAGUGGACAGAAGACCUUGCUCCUCGGUGACUGUGACCGAUUUCAGACUGAAAAGAAUUUCCUGAAAUGUCAGAAAUCAAAAGACUCCAGGGCCAAACUUCACAGAAAUCAGACAACUCCCAAAGCAAAGAAAUCCCAUGUAUGUAGUGACUGUGGCAUAGCCUUCCCCAGGAAAUCAAGUCUCAAUGUCCAUCAGCGAAGUCACACAGGGGAGACACCCUACAUGUGUGGGGAGUGUGGGAAAGUGUUUACCAGGAAGAGUAACCUCACUGAACAUCAACGAACUCAUACUGGAGACAAACCCUUUGUGUGCAAAGAGUGUGGAAAAAGGUUCUUCCGGAGGAGUCGCCUUACUCGUCAUCAGAAUACUCACACUGGGGAGAAGCCCUAUGUGUGCGGGGAGUGUGGGAAAGGCUUCACCUUGAGUAGUCUCCUUACUCGCCACCAGAUUACUCACACUCGAGAGAGACCCUACGUGUGCAGGGAUGUGGAAAAGGGUUCAUCACCAAGGGUCGCCUCACUGACCAUCAGCAAACUCAUGCUGCAGAAAAACCCUAUGUCUGCCAAGAGUGUGGCAAAGGCUACACCUGGAAGAGUCGCCUUACUGCCCAUCAGCGAACUCAUACAUGCAAGAGUCCCACUGUGUGCAAGGAACGUGCAGAAGGGCUCAGCACGAAGGCCGCACUCACUCUCCAUCAGCGAACUCACACUGGAGAGGAACGCUAUGUCUGCAACGAGUGUGGAAAAGGGUUCCCCUGGAGGAGUCGCCUCACUGCCCAUCAGCGAACUCAUACUGGCGAGAAGCCCUAUGUGUGUGGGGAGUGUGGGAAAGGCUUCACCUUGA